CGUUAGUCGUUCGCUAACUCCACAACAUCCCUAAUUUAAUACUCCACAACCUGUUCACUCCCUCGGAUUCCAUCUCUUCGUCUCCCUUUCUCUGUAGUUUUUCUUCCACACAAGCUCUUGAUCAGAUCUCUUCAUGGCAGACAGCACCGGCUACUUCACUGAUUACUUAGUGCUGAAGCCGGACAAGGCCGGCCUUCUCGAUCUCAUCCAUGUCCUGUAUUCGGGAAACGUGGACGAGAGUGGGUGUGUGUUCGGGCCGCCGGGGAAGAAGAUCGCCGGAAUAAGGCGGAAAUGGGACAUCUUCAUCUCCCUUCUUCUGCAGAGAAGUCUGCUCCUUUUAAGCUCUCCUAUGUCUCGGGUGGGAUCGGCCGUUGGCUUCUGGGGAAAUUUGGUUGACGAUAAUGGCGGCGGAUUGUUCCAUCUCCUCGCUAAUUUUAUCAGAGGCGAAGUCCGAAUGCCAGUGAAGGGAUCCGAUUCAUACAAGUCCGCCAUUGGACUGAUUGAUACAAGGCUGCAGCUGGAUAAGGCUAUUGGGAAUAGCGACCCCCGAUACCAAGCAGCGCUUGCUGUGAUGGCUUCCAAACUUUCUUACGAGAACCAGCUCUUCAUUGAAAGCACCGUGAAAGAUAAAUGGAAGAUGGAGUUCUUGGCCUACUACAAUUGCUGGAAUGAUUUCGCGGAGAAUUUCUCCACCCAAGCCUUCAUGAUGUGCGACAAAACCAGCAGCUCCGGCGAUCUCAUCAUCGUCGCCUUCCGCGGCACCGAACCCUUCGACGCCACCCAAUGGUGCGCCGACAUCGACUUCUCAUGGUACGAAAUCCCCCAAGUCGGCAAGAUCCACGGCGGCUUCAUCAAAGCCCUCGGCCUUCAGAAGACGGCCGGCUUGCCCAAAGACCUCCCCACCCACUCCCCCCAUCACCCGCCCUACGCUUACUACGCCGUCCGCGAGAAGCUUCGCGACGCGCUCCGCCGAAAUGAGAGCGCGCGGUUCAUCGUGACGGGGCACAGCCUCGGCGGCGCUCUGGCGGUUCUGUUUCCGGUGGUGCUGGCGCUGCACGAGGAGGACUUGUUGCUGGAGAGGCUGGAGGGGGUUUACACUUUUGGGCAGCCGAGGGUGGGGGAUGAGAAGCUUGGGGACUUUGCGGAGAAGUAUUUGGGGGAGUCGAAUGGACGGCGGAGAUACAGCCGGUUUGUUUACUGUAAUGAUAUGGUGCCGAGGUUGCCUUACGAUGAUUCGACGCUGCUGUUCAAGCAUUUCGGCAAAUGUCUCUAUUAUAAUAGCUUCUAUAGAGGAAAGGUGGAGGAAGAAGAGCCAAAUAAAAACUACUUCUCAUUGUUGACUGUGAUUCCCAAAUAUUUUAAUGCCAUGUGGGAGAUCAUUCGAGGAUUUUUUAUUGGAUUUAUUGAAGGGUCGGAUUACAGCGAAGGAUGGGCUCUACGGCUGUUGAGGCUGUUCGGGCUGAUAGUACCUGGAUUACCACCGCAUUCCCCUCAGGAUUAUGUCAACUGUACAAGACUGGGAAAUUAUCUGCCAUUAGAGAAUGACACAAAAGAAUUUAAGCUAGAUUAGAUGUAUAUUCAUUUGGUUUUUGUUGGAAUUUUGUUAUUUGAGUGAAAGUAAAUUGAAAAAGUGACAAUAAAAAACACAGAAUUAGUUCUUUUGCACGUACUUAAA